AAGUGCAACGCUACGGCUUUUCUUUUUUCUUUUCACGGAAAAGAACGCAACCAAACGUUUCCUUUUGGUCCCAUAUUUAUCUACUGGUUACAUGGGGCUGCGUCUUUGUCCACGUAUUUCUCAUCAGUGGAUAAAUUGGUUAAUGGCAUGUGGCAGAAGAUCGGCUUCUGCUGACGCUUAAAUUCAAUUUUUUGACAAACUGCUUUGAGCUUAACUGCCUAAAAGCUUCAAUUUCAAGUAGCCGGGGAUGGCUUCUCUACUCUCUCCAACAGCUGCCACAAUUCAAUUGUAUCCUAAAAUUCUUUGCUUUUCCGCUUCGAAGCCUACCUUUACUUUCCAUCAUAAUCUACAGUCUUUCUCUAACCGUUUGAAAGAUAACCCAGGAAGAUGCAAUUGCAAUAGAUUUCUUGGUGAAAUCGCAGAUGAUUUAUUACAAAACACUCUUCACCUUGACCACAUCCCUGUCAUUCAAUCUGGGUUGGUGCAGUUCCAGAGCAUUACUGAGGAAUUAUCAGAGUUUCAAAAAUGGGGAUUCUUAAUUUUUGCUGGGUUGACAUGGAUUUACUUAACUGCAAGGCCAGGUGUUCUAGUAGGCGCUAUUGAUGCUUAUCUUCUGGCUCCUUUGCAACUGGGUUUGGCUAGUUUGAGUGGGAGGCGGGGUUUGAAGAGUAGUGAUUUUGUGCUUGGGAAUAAAUUGGGAGAAGGGUCUUUUGGCGUUGUGUACUCUGGGGUAUUUGUUCCAAACAAUGUUGCUGAAGAAAAGAGAACGAAGAGUAGGGGAAGAGAAAAAGCACUGGACUUGGAUGGGAGAUUCAAAGAAAAGGUUAUUCUGAAAAAGGUGAAAGUUGGAAUAAAAGGGGCCGAAGAAUUUGGUGAAGUUGAGGAGUGGUUUAAUUAUAGGAUGUCAAGAGCAGCACCUGAAACAUGUGCUAAGUUCCUCGGAAGUUUUGUUGCUGAGAAAACAAAUACACAGUUUACACAGGGUGUAAAAUGGCUUGUCUGGAAAUUUGAGGGCGAUCGAAAUCUUGCUGAUUACAUGAAAGAUCGGAACUUUCCUUUUAAUUUGGAGUCUGUAAUGUUUGGACGGGUCUUGCAAGGAGUAGAUUCUAUGGAACGAAAUGCAUUGAUCAUCAAGCAAAUAAUGCGCCAAAUUAUUACUUCACUUAGAAAGAUGCAUGACACGGGAAUUGUUCACCGGGAUGUAAAGCCAGCCAACUUGGUUGUGACAAAGAAAGGGCAGAUCAAGCUCAUAGAUUUUGGAGCAGCUACUGACCUUCGAAUAGGCAAGAACUAUGUACCAAAUAUUACUCUGCUGGACCCUGACUAUUGUCCACCUGAACUAUAUGUGCUCCCAGAGGAGACACCAGUUCCUCCCCCCGAGCCCAUUGCUGCUUUGCUUUCUCCAAUUCUGUGGCAGCUGAACAGUCCUGAUCUAUUUGAUAUGUAUUCUGCUGGAAUUGUACUCUUGCAAAUGGCGAUACCAACCUUAAGGUCUAUUGGAGGCUUAAAGAAUUUCAAUGCAGAAAUAAAGACAGUUGAAUAUGACUUGAAUCGAUGGAGGAAAUACACUCGAUUGAGACCUGAUUUAACAAUUCUUGACCUCGAUUCAGGUAGAGGGUGGGAUCUAGCUACAAAACUUAUAUCAGAAAGAGGCAACUCAUUCAGGGGCCGUUUAUCAGCUGCUGCUGCUCUGAGGCAUCCUUAUUUUUUGUUGGGUGGUGAUCAGGCAGCUGCAGUCCUUUCAAAGUUGACUUUAACUAAAUAGUAACCUGUAACUGGUGAUAACAGUCCCUAUUCUCCCCCUCUACUUUUCCUUUCAGCUUCCAUUUCUGCUUUACUCAUAAUUCUCAUAGGACUCUCUGCUAACUAUAUCAGGCCCACCGUAUAUCAUACUGAAGGUAACUGAUUGGUGUACUCCAAAUUCUCAAGCAUUACAUUGAAUUGGCAGUCUGUUAAACCCCGUUUCUCUGGACAUUUAUCAAGUGAUUUCUCUAUCAGGCAUCUAUGCAGUCACUAGCAUCAUUCAGUGUUGUCUUGUUUCAAGUAUUACCUUCCCACUGAAGAAUAAUUCAUUUUAUAGUUUUGCUGCUAUCCUAGGUUAUAGGAGCUUUUGGGUUUGCCUUCGAGGUAAUCUUGUCUUCAAAGCCUGACAGACUUCUCUUCGGACUUCUUAAACAAGUCAAGUUAUGAGCUAAAGCUACUGCUUCCUGUUUGACUGAAUGACAACAAUAUGGAAGAGGCCCAUUAAUAUGAAAGGCUAUAUGAGCUAAUUUGUUUAUGGCAGCACCUGAGUUGCCUGCAGAGAGCUCUGUUGCACUGGAUAUGGCUUUUGGAAAGGGGUCGCAAUUGAAGGUUACCAUUCAAUUCUUUGAUAAGAUCUCUCUGUAUGCUUUUUAGGGAAUCUAUAGUACCUUGCUCGAGUAACAAAGAACAAUUGAUUCGUUAUCCAAUUAUUUAUUAACAGCUAUAUAUUCUUUUU